AAAAAAAUGACGAGAAAUCCCCAGCAAAUCAGCUGCAGCCUCUGAUAUGCACGUAAAUUUAACAAAGGGUUUUCUUUCCCAGCUAAUGGCACUGCGUAGAAUUGUUGAAAAGGAUAGGCAAUUCCCAUCAACAGGGAAAUAAAUGAUUGAGCUACCUGAGCCCAUGUUAGGGUUGCAGGCGAAUUGCGUGAUGGUGGAACUACUUUUUUCAACGAGGUGGAUCUUGCUCCAUACAGUGAUAAAGUAUCGAUUUCUUCGCCUGGCAUUUUGUGUUUUUUAUGCGUAAUUGUUCUCGCUGCUGUCUGGAUGCAGCGGCGGCUCUUCGUUGCCUUGUUUUCAUUUCUGAAUAUUACGUUAGCUCUGACCUGGUGAGAGGGGAGUGAGGCCACUUGGAGUUCUAUUCAGAUCCAUUAUUAGAUGGACGGAAUCCAAGCCACGAAGGGUAGUUGAGUCAAGAGAAGGAUAUGAAGCACCUGUCACCAGCUAGGAGGGAGGUAUGCCCAGCAACGAGCCUCAAAUGGAUUUCCGCAUCAUGCGGUUUGCCGCCUAGGUGAUAUCACAGACAUGCUGAUCCGCACUGGAUUCCUCUUCUUACACACUGCCUGACUAGCACAAGGCAUUUGAUGGCCAGGCAGCUUCGGAGAUCGCUUGGAAAAGUACAGCUGAUAAUGAAGUUCCAUUUUCUCCAGCCUCUUCUCCCAAUCGCUUCCUGCUUGCGAGGGCCCGAAAUAUGAGUGGUAUUUUCAAGUCAUGCAUGCACCUUGGAUUUAAAAAUCCUUCUUUUGUUUAUUUUACUUUGGCAAACGAGGGCAACCAGUCGCCUCCCGCCUUCUGUUUGCGUCUCCAAGAAAAGCGAGGAUGCGAAAUGCAUCGUGAGGGAGCCAGUUUCAGCUAGAUCACAUUAUGUUGGAGCGAAAAAGGUUGCCCUGGCUAUUCCUGGAUGUAACGAGGCAGGGCUCCUUCACGGAAAGCCUUCGUGUCAGGAUUGGAGCCCGUAUCACAGAUAGUACUGUUAUCCUAUGGUGUCACCACAGUGACAAUUCUGUGAUCCGGUGUAGUCUGGCCCAGGGGGGUGAUAAAAACCCACUAGAAGUCCCUUGGGGUCCUCACGAUACUGCCCAUGAUCUUGUAUCAAUAAGUGAAAACAAGGUCCAAGGGAAUGGUAGAAGGUUUGGGGCUGAUGGCUUCUGCUGCUGUCGUCCUGGGGAAUCUGCAACUCUCGGGUAGUCCAUGGCUAUCUGGGGGGUAAUCGUACCCCAAAGCCGAGCAGUUGGCCGCUCAUCUGCAUGCAAGACAUGUAGGCCUGACAGUAUCAGGGCGCGCAUCCAUACGGAAGUGCUGGGGGGUAAUCGCCCAUUUCAGCUACUUGUCAAGCCACACAACGCACAAAGGUGGGCAACCGUUCACUCUGGCAGGGUCCCCAAACAGGGACUUAGAGGAGUCUGUAAGCUCCAGACUCGGGAACCCAUCACAGCGUGGGCUUAGAAGCAGGAAUGCCACGGGCUAUUUCGCUUCACUUUCAAACCGCUGGAAAGCAUAUGAAUCAAGGAUUAGUUAGCUAGCACAGGCUAUAGCGGUUCAACAUAAAGAGCGGUGACCGAUGCCGGUUUCGCGGGAUAGCUGGACGAGCGCAUCGUUUCAGCCAAACAACUUAGAUAACUAAUGUUAGUGUGGCGUUAUCCCGCAUAUCGUCCUGCUUCGCGGCGUCCCUCGUAAUUAUAUAAAUAUAUAUACACUCCGUACGGGAGUAC